UUUUUUGAAGAAAUCAAAUUUCACAGUUGUUGAUCACAAUUAAAUCGAAAGGUCCUUAUUGUCCCAGGAGUAUUUUGAUACGAGCUUCAUCCCAGCUGAAUUAUUGCGGGCAGAGUUAUGGCUGUUCAAACACCGAUGGUCAAUUGGUUUGGCCGAAAAUGCACUUGGCCCUAUAAUAGGCCAUAUUGAUCCCAUUGGGCUGACAUAUUAGAUGUUGACUUUCUUCAACCUAGUUAUUGCAUUUGUGAAAUUUCAUAACAUUCUGAGACCUUAAUGCCGUGGGGCCGUGACUGGGGGCGUAACGAUCCGUACACCUGACGUGGAAUGCCCCACGGGAGGUUAAUUCCGAUGCCAAUCUCGUUAGACGGUUCAAGCUAGCAGAUUUCAUCUUAAAAUCGAAAAUUUUGAAUGCCCUGAGGGUAAGUAUUGGUAUUUUCUGCUUAGGGCGCAAUCUCCUAUUUUUGAUUUGUACAUCUAACCCUAAUCCAGUGAAAGAAAACCACGAAAAUGUACCAACAGAUACCACUUGCCUUGGCCUUAAAUUAAGAUAGAUACUUGACACGCUUAAAACUACGUUAACUGAAUUCUUGGAAUUCUGGGAUAGAAUAUGGCAAUAUUAUCAGGUAAGUUGUCAGUCAAUGUGCAGGAUGGAGUAAACCUUAUGCUUUGAAAUUUUGAAGCAUUCUUGAAGCCUUGUGCAAUGUUAGUUUCCACCAAGGAGGCUUGAGCGGCAACAACCUACGUUGCUAUACCACGAGAAAAGUGAAUCACAGGUGAAACCAUCACAAAGAAAUUGCGUGCUUUAGGCUACUCUUAUCGAUUGUAAGUCGUUGCGGCAGGUUUUGUUACUACAAAUGUUGCCCAAGCAUGUUUUCAACAGUUUACUACUGAACUAGUCGGAGACAACACCGCGUGUGAUCAAAGAAAACGAAAUGAAGGUGUACAGAUUUUGGUGGCAAUUGAUAUUUAUCUUGAAAAUUAGUGGAUGUUUCGGUCAAUUUGCGAAUGGGGUUCAACCGGUGAAAACAUAUUUGGAGGCACUCUUUUCCCCGACUCCACCUUAUCAGACAACUCGCAAGCCAAAGUUGAAGUUAUCUAGCAACAGUGCGAACUGUGGCGUUCGAAGCUCUUCAUAUCUCCCGCAUCUGCCUAGUCAGCACAACCUGGUCACAGAUCCAAGAAUUCCACGACGACGAAGAGGCCGAAUUGUCUGGGGUCGUAAUGAUACUAUGGGGUCCUUCCCUGCACCUCGGGGAAGUUUCCCAUGGAUGGCAAGUCUCUUUGUUCUUUAUAACUCAGGAGAGGCCCUUUUUAUGUGCGCUGCAACAAUUGUCAAUCAACAUAUUUUACUAACGGCGGCACAUUGUUUUACAAAUAACAAAACACCGGAAACUUGGUUUGCCAGAGUUGGUGAUAAUUUUAUCCUUCAUCAUGACCCGUCAGAACAAACAUUCCGAGUAAAGGAAAUCAUAAUUCACGAAAACUUUGAUCCCUUGAAAGACAAUGGCGGCGAUGGUCGACAUGAUAUUGCUCUUGUUAUACUUCGGCCACAUACCAAUGGCGCUGUUAUUAAAUAUAAUCAAGAUGUUGGACCCAUUUGCUUUCCCAAAUCAGAGUUUCCUCUUGCCAACUUGUAUGUUAAUCAUUGUGAAAUUGCCGGAUGGGGUAUGACUGAAUACAACAACACCUCUUCCUACCCAGAUUCGGUGAGGGGGGCCCGAAUUCAAGUCGGAGAUGUUCCUAAAUCGUAUUGCAAUCACUUGUAUCAACGUAACGUCCAAGAGACUGGAAAGUUUUGUGCUGGUGGGCAAGUUGAUGCUUGCCAAGAAGACAGUGGAGGUCCUUUAGUGUGCCGAUUGGACGAUCAACGUUAUUACAUCAUCGGAAUAGUCAGUAGUGGUAAGGGGUGUGGAGUUUAUCCGGGUCUUUACACAGAAGUCAGCAAGUAUUCGAAUUGGGUCAUGAAUUGGGUGAACGAGAUUACAUCAUGGUAAAAAUGAAUGUUUUCAAAUAAAUGUGCGCUUGUCA